UAGCAAACAGGAUAUUGAAGGUCUCCUCUUGUGUCUUUGAUUGCUCUAGCCUGACUAGCUGGAAUCCCGAGGCGUGUUAAGAAUCGGAGAUGUCGGGUUUCCGGUCUUAAAUUGAAUCUUGGGCCUACCUCGUUUAGGAUGACGAAUUGCAGCUACACAGACAGUAAUGGGACCUUAAUUAGUCUUCAAUGUGUUAAUUACUGUUGUAUUGGAAGAGAUGUUAAUUAUUGUUCAGCUUCAACUUGUUCAAGCACUACAUCUACCGAGGACAAUCUACCAGUAUUAUUUUGGGGAAUCUUGGGAGGUAUAUUCGCCAUCGGACUUAUUCUGAUUACAGUUACCUAUAUCAUAUGCCGAUUCCGAUCUCCAAAUAGCUGCACAAAAAGUUAUUCGGAUGACGAAAUGUUUGAUGAAGAGUCGAUGACAUCACAAAGAAGGCGAUCUUCUUUAUUUGUAACGAAAUACUUGCGACGAGAGAGUAUUUGGAGAUUGAAAACUAGGAGGAAAUCUCAACUGACUGUGAAAGUACACGGGAAUCAUGCAAGCACGAGCAAAGCAGACGUUCAUUCAGAACACUUAACAAAAAAGAACCAUGUGAAAAAUGGACGUCUGCAUCUCAGUAGCGGGGGUGGUGGCAACAAAAACCUAUCUUCAGCACUACCCGAAGUUGUAGAUUGA